AUGUCGGGGGUUGCUUCUAGUUCUUCAGUCGUGUCUAAGAAAAAGAAGAGUAAUUCGAAGAAGUCUAGUGGAAGUAGACCCGAUAUUGGGUGGGAACAUGGCAUUGACAUUGACAAUAAUGCGAAGAGAUCUCAAUGCAAAUAUUGUACUAAAAUUUUUUCCGGAGGUGUCUAUCGUUUGAAGAAUCAUCUUGCUGGUACAAAUGAAAAUGUUAUUGCAUGUUUAAGUGUGCCAGAUGAAGUGAAGACCCGUAUGAUUGAGAAUCUAGCAACUCUUGCCGAAAUUAAAGAGAAGAAAAAAAGGAAAUUGUACGACACCUCGGGUUCGGUGAACGAAACACACCCCGGAUUCAUGGAUCAUGCUUCAAAGGGGAAAGAUAAAGCAAGUUCGUACCAAACAACUAUGAAUCAACUACUCAAGAAGGAUUUGCGAAAAAGCGCAUGCAAGCGAAUAGCAAAAUGGUUUUAUACGAGUGGGAUCCCUUUCAACACAGUGAGAAAUCCCGAGUUCGAGAGAGCAUGUGAGGAGAUAGCUCGACAUGGUCCAGGUUUUAAGGGUCCCUCUUACCACGAGAUUAGAGAGACUUUUUUGACUGAAGAAGUCAAGGAAAUAGACAAUUUCCUUGAUGUCAACAAGGAGGAAUGGAGUAAGAUUGGAUGCACGAUCAUGUCGGAUGGUUGGACUGACAGAAAGAGAAGAUCGAUCUGUAAUUUCUUGGUAAAUAGUCCUAAAGGAACUGUUUUUUUGGAGUCAAUCGAUACAUCAUCCUUUGCCAAAACAGCUGAAAAGGUGUUUGAGAUGUUGGAUAAAAUUGUGGACAAGGUUGGGGAAGAGAAUGUGGUGCAAGUGAUCACUGAUAAUGCUGCCUCAUACAAAGCAGCUGGAUCGUUGUUGAUGGAGAAAAUGAAGAAUUUAUUUUGGACACCAUGUGCAGCCCAUUGCAUAGACUUGAUGUUGGAGGAUUUCGAGAAGAAGCUGCAAACUCACCGAGUAACAAUAAGGAAAGGUAGAAAGAUCACUACAUUUAUUUACAAUAGACCAAAUCUCAUCUCUUCGAUGAAAAACUACACCAAAGGAAGAGAUUUGAUUCGGCCAGCUGUUACUCGGUUUGCAACUGCAUAUUUGACUUUGGGUUGCCUUAGUGAACAUAAGGGUUCUUUAAUUACAAUGUUUUCUUCAUCAAGCUGGAAGGGAAGCACACAUGCUCGUUCGGAGAAAGGCAAGAAAGUUCAAAAGAUUGUGUUGGAUAAUAAAUUUUGGAGUAAUGUUGUGACAUGUCUUAGGGCUGCCUUACCACUAAUCAAAGUACUACGGCUGGUGGAUUCAGAUGAGCAACCUGCUAUGCCAUUCUUGUACGAGGAGAUGGAUUGUGCAAAAGAAAAGAUCCAAAAUAACUUCAACAAUGUGAAAUCAAGGUAAAUUAAUAAUUUCAUACAAUUUUAAUUAAUUUAUCUAUUAAUUUAUUCGUGAAGACUUGAGUUUUCUUAUUUA